UGAAUACUUGAUAUAAAGAAAGGAACAAAAUCUAAUACGAUUGUGUUAAAUCCAGGCUAACUAGUGUGCGUUUUUCUUCACUGUAAUUAUGACUGAAGGUACUAAUUUACAAUGGAAUUCUAUUGUGUGAAAUAUCGAGCAACAGCCCGGUCAGAAAAAGUUAAUAGCCACAAUUGGCCCUCGCUCUUUCACCGACUGCAACCAGGCCGUUGUCUGUAAAGUGCCCUCGCCUUGCGUGGAGCUUCUUAGGAUCUUGAAGACACAAAUUCACGAUGAGUUCGCCAGAGUCGGCGACCAUGGAGGCCGAAGUUCACUUCGUGCGGAGCUCAAAGGACGAGAAAUGGGCCAUGUAUCAUGGAUACCUGUGUGACGAAGAUUCGUGGGAACAACCGCCGUCUGACUUCGACGCGCCGGUCGAGCCAGAGACCCGCUGGACGAAGGUGAAGACCCGCACCAAAGAGUUCCUGGAAACCGUCACUUUGGAUGGCAUAAGCCAGACAUGCGGUGCCCGUCAUUGGUUGCGUCGGCUGGUAUGGUUGGCGUUCUUUACUUUGUGCACGGUGUAUGGCCUCAUGCAGUGCUACGAAGUCUACAAUGAGUACAUAGGGUACCCCAAAGCUGUGUCUGUUCAGCUUCAAACGGAGCGCCCGGCGCAGUUUCCAGCGGUGACUCUAUGCAACCUGAACCCCAUCAACAACGAAGAGAAGCUCCGCAACGACUCCGUCUAUGGCGCCUUCAUCGACGUGCAGGAAAAGAACACAGUCACUGGUGAACACUCGAUCCGCUUAUGCAAUUAA